AUGGCGCGGGUUGGACCCGGGAGGGCGGGGGUCUCUUGCCAGGGCCGGGGCCGGGGACGGGGCGGGAGCGGUCAGCGGCGACCUCCAACCUGGGAGAUCUCAGACUCCGACGCUGAGGACUCCGCCGGCUCGGAGGCCGCCGCGAGAGCCCGGGACCCAGCGGGUGAGCGCAGGGCGGCUGCCGAGGCGUUGCGGCUGCUGCGGCCGGAGCAGGUCCUGAAGCGCCUCGCGGUGUGCGUGGACACAGCCAUCCUGGAAGACGCCGGUGCCGACGUCCUGAUGGAGGCCCUGGAGGCCCUGGGCUGCGAGUGCCGCAUCGAGCCCCAGCGCCCGGCCCGCAGCCUGCGGUGGACCCGAGCGAGUCCCGACCCCUGCCCCCGCAGCCUGCCUCCUGAAGUGUGGGCUGCAGGUGAACAGGAAUUGCUGCUGCUGCUGGAGCCCAAGGAGUUUCUGCAGGGCGUCGCCACACUGACCCAGAUCUCUGGCCCAACCCGCUGGGUGCCCUGGAUCUCCCCCGAGACCACCGCCCGGCCCCACCUGGCUGUCAUCGGGCUGGAUGCCUACCUGUGGUACCGCUCACUCUCAUGCCCACAGCAGGGCUGGCUGGGACGGGGGUUCAGGGGAGGUGGGCACACUUCUGGGGUUGCUGUGGCACAGCUGAUCCCACUUCCCCAGGUGGGCUCUGGCAGAGGCCAAGCUUGGGCAGGGCAGGCCCCAUGGGGAGCGGGGAGGAACGGUCACCUCUGCUCAGGUCUCGCCAGCACGUUUCCCGGGGGACACAGCAGCCAGAGAGCCCGAAGGUGGCCGGUGCCGAGGUGGCCGUCAGCUGGCCGGAGGUGGAAGAGGCAGUACCGGGAAUCCCAGGCCUUCUCCUUCUGCACAGCAGGGCGCUGGGCAGCCAGCGAGCCAGUGGCAAGAGACGGCACAGGGCUGCAGGCGGCCUGGCGGAGGCAGAUCAGGCAGUUCAGUCGGGUCAGCCCAGCUGUGGCUGAUGCAGUUGUCACAGCCUUCCCCUCCCCCCGCCUUCUGCAGCAGGCGCUGGAGGCCUGCAGCACGGAGCGGGAGCGCAUGGGCCUCCUGGCCGACCUUCCUGUGCUGCCCAGUGAAGGUGGGCGUCCCCGCAGGGUGGGGCCUGACCUCUCCCGCCGCAUCUGCCUCUUCCUGACCACAGCCAACCCUGAUCUCCUGCUGGACCUGGGCUCCUGAGCACACGUGGGACCACCAGGACAGCAUGCAGCCUUGGGGACAGACCAGACACCCUGGGCGGUGGGGGAGGACCCCCAGCCACAUGUGGACCCUCAGCCUGGCGGCAGUCCUUGCCCCGGUGGGCCGAGUGCAGGCUGCUACAGAAGGAGGCCUCGCUCUGCCCAGCACAGUCACAGAAGGACUCGCCGGUCACGGGCACUGCACUGGGGAUGGAUGGCGGCAGCGUGGAGUACUCGGGGUCGGAGUCCGAGUCGCUGUGCUGGGAGAGAAGGGCCGGCUGUUCCUACCUGUUGCCAGCUCUCUACCCUCUCACGCUUGCCCUCUGUCCCUGUCCCACCCUGUCCCUGACCCACCCAGGAAAGGAUGAGGGUCCAGGCCUCCAGGGACUUCACAGUACCCCGAGCGCACAGCCCAGGCUCCUUCCCAACAGGCUCCGGCUCUGCCCCAUUCUGCAUGACCAGGAGGGCCCCGGAGGCCCAGCCACUGAGCAGUAGCCAAGGCUGCCUGGCCUCCAAGUGGUUUCUAGAUGGUGGAUAAGCCCCAGGUCCACCCCACCUGCCCAGAGCUGAGAUGGUGUGGACAGCUUCCCUGCUAGGCCAGCCCUGCAGGGGCCCCCAGGCAAGGCCACCACCCCCACACCAGGCCCAGCUGCAGCCACCUGGCCUCAGGGCAGUCCCCACCACACUGUGGCCCAACGACCUUCCUGUUACCUGAGCAGACCUGGCUCACCACAGGGUCCUACUGCCCAGUGCCCACUACAGGCCCCGCCCCUCCUGGUGCAGGUUUCAGCUGUCACCUCCCUGAGGCUUCUCCAGCCCCUUCACCCCUGUUCCAUUUUUCUUCUUUUGCUUCACUGAAGUUCUCCUUGGUCCUGAUUAUUGGCCUCCUCCCACCAGAAUGUGAGCUCCUUGUGGGAGGCAGUGCCCCUCCCCAGCCUCCUCCCUGUCACAGGCUGUGUGGGGGCCACCCAGGGGCUGAAUGGACUGGGGGGUCAGCAGGGAGAGUGCUAAGUGGUGGCGGGGGGCCUGUGGCAGAGGCCUUGUGACAGUGAGGGUUGAGGGCUGGUCCAGAGAGGUGAUGUGAUCCCCAGGAGAAGCCACAGGGGACCAUGACAUGGGCGCCACCAGCUUCCAGGUGAACGUGGACCUAUCCAAAGCCAGCUUCAGGGCAGGACACUGUCCUCUCUGGAGGGGAUGGCCCCACCCCACAGACAAGGCAGGCCCAGACAACUCUACCCCACUGCCUAGAAGUGCGGGUCCUCAGAGCCAGGGUAGACCCCCUGAGUCAGGAGCCCGGGCACAGAACUGAGCACUUGCACUGCAGGCCCAGGGCCAGGUUCCCUGGAGAAGGAGAAAGACUGAAUGCCACUGCCUACCUCCUGCCCACAACACACUGCAGGCCCAUUUGGUGACACAGGACAAGCAGCACAUGUGUUGAACACUGCCGAGCCCGCAGGCACGCCUGCAUCCCACAGCCACGAGCCUGUGAGGCUCAGGCAUGUGACCUGCAGGAGCUGUAGGCGGGCGGGAAGGCAGGUGGGGGCCUCUCCCUGGCUGGAGCAGGGAGCUCCAGGAGACCUCAGGACGGCCCCCACCCGGUGGGUAAGGACCCUGUUGCCCAAUUUGCCCCCAAGGCCUAAUGGACCCACCGGGCUUAGGGAGUCCUCACUCGGAGGAGAGGAGCCCACCCCUCCCAGGACACCUGGCUGAGCCGGAACAGCAGCGCAGGGGAGCUGUGACAGCAGAGAGCAGCACCAGGUCACACAAGCAGCCGCCCCGGAAGGACACAGCCCAUGGUGACAGAGGACAAGCAGCAUGCGUGUGUCAGACACUGGCCUGGCCUGUGGACACGCCCGCAUCCCACAGCCAUGACCCUGCAAGGCCAGGAGAGACUGCUCCAGGGCACAUGACCUGUGGCAGCUGGAAGUGGGGCAGGGAGGCGCAGCCACACUCCUGCUCUGGUCCGAGGGAGAUCUCAGGAAACCGACUGGGAAAUCACCCCCCACAGGGACCCCCACCCCUCCCAGCCUCACUGCGCCCCGUCAGGCCAGGCAGCUGCCCUCAGGGUCUGCCAAGGUGGGGGUCAGGGGCCAUGGGUGCAGGUAGCUCUGCCUGCAAAGCCCACAAGCAUGUCAGAUCACCUGGGCUGCAGACAGACAAACACCUGAGCUGUUCUGAAUACCUUCAGGUUCCUGGCCUCCCUGAGCAAGUGCAGAAAUUUUUACCUUCAAGGAUCAGGGUUGGUUGGUUGGUUUGUUUUUUAACACACAUAUAUGUGAACAAAGAGUAUAUGUUUGUACUGGCAGAAACAGCGUCUGGUAGGACAACCAGCAAGUUAACAUUGGUCACCUCCAGAAAUGGGCUGGGUAAACCAAAGAAUUUUUUUGUUUUUUUUUUUUGAGUCAGGGUCUAGCUCUGUCACCCAGGCUGGAACGCACUGGUGUGAUCACGGCUCACUGCAGCCUUGACCUCCCUGGCUCAAGCAGUCCUCCCAGCUCAGCCUCCUUAGUCGUUGGGACUACAGGCACGUGCCACCACGCCUGACAAAUUUUUUAAAUUUUUGUAGAGACAGCGUUUCACCAUGUUGCCCAGGCAGGUCUCAAACUCCUGGCUCAAGUGGUCCUCCAGCUUCAGCCUCCCAAAGUGCUAGGAUUAUAGGUGUGAGCCACAGUGCCCAGCCCCAUAGUGGAGAAUUUCUGUUGAAUGAACCAAAAGCAACUGCCAACCUCUCCAUACACCAUGUGUUUCAGAGGAGAAAGCACAGUGAAGAAUGCAGUGUGUUCUGAGGUCCUGUCACCCCUGAGGCUGUGUGUGUCUUUUGCCAAAUUAAAGAGUCUUACUGAA